CGCGCGGCUCCCGCAGGGGCCCCCCCGCGCCCGCCCGCCGGCAGCGGCCCUGCCUCCCGCGGUUGCGGCCAAAAUCCUUCUGCUGGGAUUCUGAACUAUGACAUCAUGGCAAGAUUUCGCAGAAGAACAUGCAUCAUUUUGUUGCUUUUUAUUUUGUUUAUUUGCUCCAUAAUGAUGGCUUUGAAGACGCUGAGACCUGACAGAGCUGGCUUUGGGGAUCCAUUUGGACUUGGUUUGUUGCCGGAGCUUCAACAACGGACAGUGCUUUUAGACAGUAAACAGAAUUCCCUAAAUAGGGCUCAAGGAGAUACUGUAACACGUGUCAGUAAUUUGCAUAGCAUUGCUGUCAAUACUAUGAAGGCAUCUAUGUCUCCAGUAAAAAAGCUGGAAGAGGAACUGUCUUCUCCUAAUUAUAACUUUCACAUAUUCUACUAUACUUGGUAUGGCAAUCCACAGUUCGAUGGUAAAUAUAUUCACUGGAAUCAUCCACUGUUGCCACAUUGGGAUCCCAAAAUUGCAAACAAUUAUCCAAAGGGAAGGCAUACUCCUCCUGAGGACAUUGGGGCCAACUUUUAUCCAGAACUUGGAUCUUACAGUUCCAAAGACCCUACUGUCAUAGAAGCCCACAUGAAACAAAUGCGUUCAGCUUCUACUGGUGUAAUAGUGCUUUCAUGGUACCCACCAGGUAUGGCUGAUGAAAAUGGAGAACCAACUGAUGAUUUGGUGCCAGUUGUUUUGGACUAUGCACAAAAAUAUAAUCUAAAGGUCACUUUUCACAUCGAACCUUACAAAGACAGAGAUGAUCGCAGCAUGUACCACAAUGUCAAGUACAUCAUUGACAAAUAUGGAAGCCAUCCAGCCUUUUACAGGCAUAAGACCAGCACAGGCAGACUUCUUCCUAUGUUUUAUGUCUAUGACUCUUACGUAACAAUUCCUGAAAUAUGGGCAAAUCUGUUAACUGUUUCUGGAUCCCAGAGUAUUCGAAAUACUCCAUAUGAUGCAUUAUUCAUUGCACUUCUUGUAGAAGAAAGACAUAAGCAUGACAUUCACAGAAGCGGUUUUGAUGGAAUGUACACGUACUUUGCCACCAAUGGCUUCUCCUACGGCUCAUCUCAUCAUAAUUGGGCAGGUUUAAAAGCCUUUUGUGAUAGCAACAACUUAAUGUUUAUUCCAAGUGUGGGGCCGGGUUAUAUUGAUACCAGUAUCCGACCAUGGAACAACCACAACACCCGGAACCGUGUCAACGGGAAGUAUUACGAGACUGCCUUCAGUGCAGCCCUUCUGGUGCGACCAGAAAUUAUUUCCAUUACAUCUUUUAAUGAAUGGCACGAGGGAACGCAGAUUGAAAAAGCUGUCCCUAAACGGACUGGACAGGUAGUUUACCUUGAUUAUAAACCCCAUAAACCAAAUGUUUACCUAGAGCUUACUCAGAAGUGGUCUGAGAAGUACAGAAAAGAACAAGAACAGUGGCUUAUGUGAGCUGGUUUUGUUUCCUAAUGCAUUGACUGCAUUAAGAAAGAAAUUGAGAGCUGAGGAAUCUGUUACUAGAUGUCUUUAUUAUAUCUUUUGAAUGUAUAUGCACUACUACUGAAUUUUAAUUUUGAAAAGUAAAAAGAUUAUGAGAAUAUUAGCAAUUAUGUCUUACUGGAUAUUUUAGUUCAAAAAUAUUCAGGGAAAGCUGUUUGUUGUUUUCAGUUGUUGGGUUUUUUUUUUACUUUGUAACGUGCAUGCUGAGUUUUCAGAGCAUCUGCAUGGGAUAACUCUACAUGACCAAAGUAUAACAAAAAAUUGGCACAGUUCCUUACUUCCUUUAUUCCUGUGUUUCUAAUCAAACUGAUGCUGUAAUCUAAAUCCUCAUAGCUUCUUGCAGGAUGCAUGUCUAUAGUGUGUGGAAUAAUCUACAUUUAUGCUUUUUAAUGCUUUGCACACAGAGUUCUUGACAUAUGACUAGCUUCUGGUAAAAGCACUGAAGAGUUAUGUGUGAUGCAACACCACUGGGUUUUGUCUAAAAGGAAAAAAAAGUAUUUGAAAGAAAGUUCCAAAGAACUGCUGAAAGAUUUCUAGUUUACUUACAUUUUUUCUGUUUGGUACAUGGUGUAGACUUUUGCAGAUUACUGGAUACCAACCAGGAACAUUUUUUUUUCUAUUACUUUGAAUUAAAAAUAAAAGAAUUUUGAAUUUGAGUGGAAAAUAUUUUUUGAGGGGAAAAAACCCCUAAAGAUGCAAAAAAUUUAUUAAAACUUCUAUUAUUAUGUGUUUUCUGCUAAUUGACUGCAGACACAGAUCUAGUGUGGUUUUUUUAAAUGUUUAAAGUUUCUAAACUUAACUUAAAUAAACCUAAUAUCUUACUAGUCCUACAAUAACAAUAAUUGUAGGAAAUACUUUUUUUGUUUCUGAUUUAGGAGCAACCUAGUUUGGUAGCAAUGAGAGCUACUACCUAUUUGUUUAAUUUGAAAUCUGAGAUUUCUCUUUUUCAUCUAGUCCAUUUAGUCCAGAAUUCAGAAUUGUAGAUACUAAAAUCUUUCUGUUAUUCAGAUAAGCACUCUGCCAAUGCUACCUGUAAGACUCUGGUGUGGCUGGAACUGAGUAUUUUCAGUCCUGAGAAUCUCACUUGCCAAAUGUUGUAAUUAUUAACUGGCAUUUUUUAUGAGGUUUGAAAGGUUCAAGUCACACAGACAUACCUCCUCAGCAAUACAUUUUUUUUGGAUUUUCGUAGAAUUUAAUAAAAAAGCCCUAAACUUUGGAAUAGUGGAAAUUGCAGUGUUUUGUUUAUUUGCAGUAAGUGUUUAAACUUAGCAAAGUGGAUUCUUUCUUAGUUGUUCAUUUUAUUUUUUUAAUCUAUGUAUAAGGUGCUGAUCCUGUGUUUUAGUUCAUAUGCUGAAACUGUUGUGACCACUAGUAACAAUCAGAAUUCAAUUUAUUUCAGCAGAACCCAUGAAAAUGACACUCUUUACUCAGAUCUCACUGUAAUCUGUCCGUUAAGUGGUAAGGUGAAUGGGAGGACUUCUGUUAAAACAGAAACCAAACUACUAUGUUUUUUCCAGAGAACUGUCAUUCCAAAUAAAUACAAGCCUGUUACCUCUAUAAUUUUCUAGAGUCUUUCUGGUAUGAAAAAGGUUUGUUUAUAUAUCUCUUACUUAUUUACAGUUUAGUUUUCUUGUCAUUUCUCUGCAGUUGCUCAAGCAGUGAGGUGUCAUCUAAUGCCCUUAGCUGCUUGAAAAAAUACAGAAAUUGCAUGGCAGAUAUAUAGCCUGGCAUGUUGAAGUGUGCCUCUAGAGUUACUGGAGUCUUAUUAAUCUCUCUUCAUAUUUUUUUUAAUUUUCCUAUUGCAUUUCUGCAAGGUCUGAAAUGCCUCUGAAAGAAGUGUUUACUAACGCUCGUUUUGUUUUGCUUAUUCUCAGGUGGAUAAAUUGACAUAGACAUAGGUAUGACCACAGUCAAAAAAUAGUGUCUGAGACAUAAGAAGCACUUGUUAGAUUUUUACCACUUCCAAGAUAACUACUCCCUUUUUUAAGGAAUCUGAUAUUACUUAUUUUACUAUAAAGCCCUUCAAUAGCUAUACAUAACUCAUUUUUAUAAUUUGUUCUAUGUUUAUGCUUUUACAGCCCAGAGUCCAUAUAUUUAUUUUAAAUGUGAGGGAACAAUUAAAUGUUUUGCAUAUGUUACUAAAAAGUCUUCUGAAAUCAAACCUUUCCAAAGGACAAGUCUCUUUGUUUUCUCUUUGCUUAAACUUUUGUCAUCCACUGGUCUUUUCUCACUGUAGUUAUCUGAGCACUUUACUGGUCUUGACAACUUUGCACUCACCUUUCAGCCCUUACUUUCUGCUGGUGGCAGUUUAUUUUCUUUGUGACUGUGAAAGUCACUCCUUUGUUGCUGUGUAUAGAAACAUUUGAAAUUUGUCGUAGGGUAUUGUACAACUGAGGUGAUCUGUCUUGUUUAAAAUACAGUUUAUGGUAACAAUGUAAUGGAUCUUCAUUACUCUGAAAGACUUUUGUAAUUGCUGUAAAGGUAUCAUUUAGCUCUUGCCAUGAAGUGAUUUGGGUCAUGGCACGCUGAUGUCUAAUGGGACCUUUAGAAGAAUUUACAGAAUUUCUGUAGAAAAGAAUGAAAAUUAAGUGCCUAGAAAUUCAUCACCCCUGAACACUUACUGUGCUUUUAUGUGCUUGAUGUGUUUUAAAACAUAAAUGUGCAACUUCACAUACUAUUUCAGAGUUGAGAAUUGAAUUUGAUGAUCCUAAGGAAAGCUGAUGGAAUAGCAGCUACUAGAACUACCCCACUAGCCUGACCCAAUACUUUCUCUGUACUUAAAGCAAAUCAGUGUGCUGCUUCCUCUUAUAGGGAGUGGAGAGUGUUGCUUAUGGACUAUUGCUGCAGCUGUGAUACUUAUUUGAAAUUUGAGUAAAAAUAGGUCUGUGGGAAAGGGUUUGUACAAAUGCAAAGGAAUAAGAUUGUUACAAAGGCACAGUUACUGGGGCAAGGGAGGAGAAAAGUUAAUGUAUUUAAGAAGGUGGUUGCUUCAAGGUUUAAGAUUACAGUAGGGAAAAAAAAAAGGGACUCCACUGUGCAACCAGACUUUAGAGGCAGGGAAGCACAUUUGUAAUGAUUUUGAGAUUUGAAAUAGAUUUAAGGAAUAUCCAGAUCUUAUUUCACUUUGGUGUCCUAUGACUUUUACUUCUUGGCCAACUGAAAAAAAUACUGUAAUGACUGUUUUUAAUAUUUUUACACUGAUUAAAUGCAUUGAUUCAUCUUGUUAUUUCGUAGUACUUAGAGUGAUAUGGGGAGAUUUAAAAGAGAUCAUGCCAUGGUAUGCCUCUGCAAAUACAGAAAUACCUGAAGUAAUCAAUCACAUACUACUGACCGAGUAUCCCCAGGGGGUAAAUGGUUUCUAGACAAGUAGCAAGUCCUUGUGGUAAAAGAGAAAAUAUUUUUAAAAGAAAAUCUAUAGGUUCAUUUCUGCUUCUGUCAGUUAUGAUCAAGUAAAUUAUUUUAGUUCUGUGAGCUGUCUCAGAACUGAAGCUUAGUGCAUCAACUCUGAAAUAAGAAUGUGUAUUAAAUCUUGUAUAGUAGCGCAUGUUUCUCAGAUCUCUAAUCUUGUACUGAAUGUUGUGGGAAAACACGUGCUGAUGCUGUUACUAUUUUAGUGGCAAGCUAUAGAUCAUUGUGAAUAUAGUUUCUGCAGUGAUGUUCAUUGUAUUUGUCUAGUGCAUUUCUUUUGAGGUGCCAGUGAUUUGUCUCUUAAGAGGUUGUUGAAGCAGGAGGUUCUUCAGUGAAAACAUUUUAAUAUAAAACUUGAUAUGUAUUUGCUCUGCAUAGUUUGAAUUAACACAUUAACAGUUCUUGGAUUCAAUUGAAAACAUUUCUCAGGAGUGUCUUCAGCUCUGUUGACAGUAAAUGGAUCUCCAGGCACAUGGAUAAGGACUUCCUGUUACUUGGGGCACUUUUUUUUCUGAAUCUUGUGAACCUAAAAAAGAGGAAAUAAAGCAUUUAUAAACGAAUUAUUUGCCGCUUAAUGUAAGAUGAAAAUCUCUCUCCCAGUCCUCCAAGUACUUGUCUUCAUCCUUCUACUUGGUUAAAAUUGUGUUAGUGUUUCAUUUCUUUUUAUCUUUUACUUUUGACCAGCAUGUUAAAUGUUCUAUAAAUUUCUAAAGUGACUGUAUUUCUAAGAUUUCAUAGUUGGAAUAUUCAGUAAAGAGAAUCUACAAGAUUAAUGGCACGGCAGAAAAGCCUGAUGUGAAUUUGAUAUUGUAUAGGUGAAUUUGUUGUGAAUGGAUAGUGUAUCUUUGAUAUGCAUUGAACACAAAUAAAAACUGCAUUUCUUUUAAUACCCUA